AUGAGUAAGAAAAUUGGCCUUUCUUCAUUCACCAACUCAGAAUCUGCCCUAAAACAGUAUCAGCAGUUAGGGAAACUGCUUGCUGAUCAGCAACAUGAGAAGUUGUCAAUCCAACUAUCUGUGUUCCAACAAGCUUUAGCGAAUUUCGCAAAAAACCACCCAGAAGAAAUCAAAUCUAAUGAGAAUUUGAGGAAGGAGUUCACAAGCUUAUGUUUCUCUGUCGGCGUUGAUCCUCUUGCUGCUAGUCUAUCCAAGAAAUCUGCCUCCAAAAACAAGAAUGCGUCUUUAUGGUCGAAGCUAUUGGGUGAUGAUAAUGAUGAGUUUUACAAUGAGCUUGCAGUAAAAAUCAUUGAGCUAUGCAAGAAACUUGAAGAUGUGAAUGGAGGGAUUGUUGCAGUUGAUGAAUUAUUAAAGAUUAUGACCAAUCCCGAUAGUCCAAAUUCAAUUGUGGAUUUAACGGAGCUGGACAUUGAAAAAAGUGUCGAAUUGUUAUCUACCCUCGACCCAAAUUUUAAGGUCAUCACUGUGGGAGAUCAAAAUAAGAAAUUCAUAAGAUCGGUAUCAAAGGAGUUGAAUAACUAUGAAACCAAAGUGUUUGAGAUUUGUGAAAUUAUGGGAUAUGCUACCGUGGGAAUACUAGUGGAUAAUUACCGAUGGUCAAGUUAUCAUUCGAAAGAUGUGUUAGAAGAGAUGGUGAGUUUUGGGUUUUUGUGGGUUGAUGUUGAUCCUGUGUAUGGAGAAGUACAUUAUUGGGAUCCGUCUUGGAUAAAUAAAUUGGAAAGGGGAACAUGA